UCUUCAAAUACUACUAAGCAAAUUUGAAAUUAUAUCUUCUUCUCUCGACAUACCAAAUUCAAAUCAACUAACCCAAGUUCUUGUUUGUGAAAAUUCGUUUACGCACUCCGGAAAACCAGUUUUUUGAGCUACAUUUUGAGCAAGGAUGUUUAGUUUCUCGGCUGCCGAUAUGUUUUCUCGCAGAUGUGUUUGGGUGAACGGCCCAGUGAUCGUGGGUGCCGGGCCUUCAGGCCUGGCUGUGGCUGCCGGGCUGAAGCAGCAAGGCGUGCCCUUCGUGAUUCUCGAAAGAGCAGACUGCAUUGCUUCUUUGUGGCAGAAGCGCACUUAUGAUCGCUUGAAACUCCAUCUUCCGAAGCAGUUCUGCCAGCUUCCGAAUUUCCCGUUUCCGGAGCAUUACCCUGAGUAUCCGACUAAGAGGCAAUUCAUCGAAUACCUGGAGUCGUACACCAGACACUUUGGCAUCAACCCGCAGUUCAACGAGUGCGUGCAGUCGGCUAAGUACGACGAAACGUGCCGUUUGUGGAGGGUGAAAACUGUUUCUGGUAAUGGCUCUGAGGUUGAGUAUAUAUGCCAGUGGCUUGUGGUGGCCACAGGCGAGAACGCGGACCGGGUGGUGCCGGAGAUUGAGGGAUUAAAGGAUUUUGGAGGGGAAGUUAUCCAUGCCUGUGAUUACAAGUCCGGUGAGAAUUUCAGAGGCAAGAAAGUUCUUGUUGUGGGAUGUGGCAACUCAGGCAUGGAAGUUUCUCUUGAUCUUUGCAACCAUGAUGCCAAGCCUUCUAUGGUUGUUCGCAGCUCGGUUCAUGUACUGCCAAGAGAGAUGUUUGGGAAAUCAACGUUUGAGCUGGCCAUGUUCAUGCUCAUGUGGCUACCACUAUGGUUGGUAGACAAGCUUAUGCUGUUGUUCGCAUGGAUAAUCCUUGGAAAUAUGGAGAAAUACGGGAUAAAAAGGCCGUCUGUCGGCCCGUUGGCGCUAAAGAACACUCAAGGGAAGACCCCUGUUCUGGAUAUUGGUGCACUUGAAAAGAUCAGAUCCAGAGAAAUUCAAAUAGUGCCGGGAAUCAAAAGGUUUUCAUGUGGCAUGGUGGAGCUCGUCAACGGCCAAAAGCUUGAGAUCGAUGCCGUUGUUUUGGCUACUGGAUACCGCAGCAAUGUGCCUUACUGGCUGCAGGAGACUGAAUUCUUCUCCAAGAAUGGUUUCCCAAAGACUCCAUUCCCAAAUGGAUGGAAAGGGAAAGCUGGACUCUAUGCUGUUGGAUUCACAAGGAGGGGGCUGGCUGGUGCAUCUGCUGAUGCAGUGAAAACAUCACAAGAUAUUUGCAAGACCUGGAAAGAUGAUCUGAAGCAGAAAAAGCAGAAGGUCCCUACUCAUAGACGAUGCAUUUCGACAUUUUGAUCGAUUGAAAGGAUCUCAACUCAACCGUUUCUUCCACAGUUCAUAUUCUUUCCAUGUCUUUUGUCGAACACAGAGAAAAUUGUUGCAGUGUAUACAGAAGAAUGUAAAAAAAAAAAAAAAAGAAAUACAAAGAAAAAGCAGAUAGCAUAGAGAUCAGCCCUCUCCAAAAAGCCCAGAAGUUUUAUGUAUUGGGCAUUUUGUAUACUGAGGAUGAUGAGGCUUUUUUCUUUUCCUUUACAUAGUUGUACCAUUCUUACUGAUCAAGUUCAAUCAAAUUCAUUUGUAUUUAUGUUCUAAUUAGU